AUGUCCGCCAUCAGGGAUAUUAUCCUUAAACCGCCGGAGAAGGACGCGUACGACGUUCUGAAGGCUGCAAUCCUUCAGUUCCAUACCCCCUCUAACGAGGAGAUGUUGCGCCAGUUGCUGGCUCGUCACCUGCUCGGAGACACGACGUCAAGCAGGCAUCUGGCGCGUCUACGCUCGCUAGCCGGCCCAGCAAACUUCCACUUUGACAUCUACUAUGAAUUGCUUGUCGAUUCACGUAGACUGCAGUUGAUCAACCCAGUGUCGAACAUCAAACUCACGGGUCUCAAAGCCCGAACAGACGUUCACCGAAUAACGGGUCUAAUGCCUGAUAUCCCAGUGGAUUUCCAGACAUUGAUCGCCCGAUUCUCCACGUUGACUAAACCCAUUGAGGAUCUAACACUAGUGACUGAUCGUGUUGCACACUGCACAGUCACUAAGCGUCCACCAGUCACGGCAUGA